AUGGAUCUACAAACUCUGAAUGGAAAUUUCUUGAGUUUUGAUUCGUUGGGGCUGCUGAGCCCUAGCCAAGUAGCUGAACUGAUCCUGAGCUCCGGAGCACUGAACAACACCAAUCAGAUUAACGCUGUGUUCGACCACCUGGAGGAAGGCGAAGCUUUCAAGAACGUGGAGGAGUUUCUAACGGAGCUGAACGCAUCUCCUGAGAUUCCCGAUAUCACCCCCGCUGUGAGAGACGUGAUGAUGAACCGAACCUUUGUAAUCAUUGAACUGAAGCUCCAGGAAUUUGUGGCUCCUGACUGGAAAGUGUGGUUCACCGAGCUGCUCAUCCCUGUCCUGCCCAGUUUCACAGCAGAAAUGCUGCUUAAGGUCACGGCUCACAUCAGCUGCACCAGCUACCAAGUGAUCGUUGAAGGAAUGGGAGAUGUUUUCCCAAAAAUGACACUCACCAGGAGGCAGGAGAUAACCCGGGUUCUGGUGGAGUACCUGAAGGCGUUUGCCGACCAGUUCAAGAGUCCAGAUUGCAAAAAAGACAUCGCAAACGAUGCUGAGUGGCUUGACAUCAACUUGGGUCCGUUCUCCGCGGUGGCCAAUUACACAGACCUCAAGGAGCUGAACGUCAGCGGGCUGGCAGCUCUGGAAUCCCUGUCACCUGACCAGAAAGCAGAGCUGCUGCUGGAUCCAUCCACCGGUGCUCUUGAAAAUGUGACCGUGGUGAAAGAGGUGCUGAGCAGCAUUGUAAAAUCCCCAGAAGGGCAGCAGCUAGAGAAAUUCUUUGAAACGUUCGUGGAGGUCAGCAAGGAGAAACACAUCCCCUACAUCAGCAACGCUGAGGUCCGGGACGCAAUACUGAACCUGACUUUGACGGCUCUGGCUCCCAGAUUCCCUGUCUUCCAAACCAGUGACUACCAGCUGUGGUUCCAGAUAAAUCUGGUUGUAGUGCUGGCCAGCUUCCGUCCUGAGGUUCUAGUGGUGAUCCCCGCCAACCUCACCUGUGACGCUUACGAUGCAAUAUUGAAAGGCCUGGAGAACGCUUUGGCACUUCUCCCAUCUCAAGCUGCAGUGGAGCUGACGUCAAGCAUCGAUGAACUUCUACAGUCACCCCAAAAGGCUGCACGCCUCCUCGCCCGUGGCUUUCGUAAGUACUUCAUUGUCUGCAAAGAAACAUUAGUGGAUGAGGCGAGGCUGUGUGGUAGUGUCAGCGGGGGCCCACUCGAGAGCCUGCCUCCUCCAUCGAGUCAGCUGUGCGACUUUGCCAUCUCUGAAUAUGCCUGCUCUUCGGUCGCAUCUUCUCUGUCCCCUGACGCCCUCGUCACGCUGCUGAGUUGCAAGGCACAGAGCAACCCGACCACCAGCGCAGAGGCGUGGAAGCUUUUCUUCCAGAAAGUGGCCGGAGUUCUGGAGGAGGCUCUGUCAGCGUACUCCAACAAAAGCCUCGGUGACCCUCAGCCUGACUCCCGUGUUCUCGAUGCCAUUGGAGAGGUGAAAGUCAACAACUUCAGCGCCGCACAACUGACAGAUGUCCGCUUCAUUGCCGACUGGUUCCAGGGACGGCUGAGGCCAUUCUUGCCAGCAGUCUCCAGGGACUUCCUGUCCUGCCUUAGCGGCAAGAACUUCAGUUGCGCAACCUACCAAGUUGUGGUGCAGGCUCUCAGUCAUCAAGCGUCCCUCAUGGACGUGAGGCAUCAACGGCUCGUCUUCAGCGAUUUUGUCCAUCCCUUCCUCUCGAGAGAUGACCUAACAGAUCCUGCCUGUCUUACCAAAACUACGAGCAGCGCUGACUGGCUGGAGAAGAACUUUGGCAACUUCUCCGUCUACGCGAGCUUGGAGGAUUUGAAGACGCUGAAUGCAAAUUUCUCCAGCUUUGAUUCGUUGGGGCUGCUGAGCCCCAGCCAAGUAGCUGAACUGAUCCUGAGCCCGGAGCACUGA